UUUCCUCAGCCUUUGUCAUGGCGGAAGUGGAGAAGGAAAUAAAGCCAAGUGAUGAUUCCACAGAUGAUUCAGAGGAAGAAGAGAGUGAAGAGGAGCCCAAGCUGAAGUACGAGCGACUGGCCAAUGGCGUGACAGAGAUCUUGCAGAAGGAUGCUGCCAGCUGCAUGACCGUCCAUGACAAGUUCCUUGCUUUGGGCACUCAUUUUGGAAAGGUGUAUCUGCUUGAUGUUCAAGGAAAUGUCACCCAGAAGUUUGAAAUUAGUUCAGUGAAAAUCAAUCAGAUCAGCCUGGAUGAAGGUGGAGAGCAUGUGGGCAUCUGCUCGGAAGAUGGCAAGGUUCAAGUAUUUGGACUUUACACCAGGGAGGGCUUCCAUGAGCAUUUUGACUGCCCUGUCAAGGUGGUUGCACUACACCCUCAGUUUAGUAGGUCAAACAACAAGCAGUUUGUUACUGGGGGCAACAAGCUUUUGUUGUAUGAGCGGAACUGGCUGAACCGAUGGAAGAUGGUCACCCUUCAUGAAGGAGAGGGAACCAUUACCAAAGUCAAGUGGAGGGCAAAUUUGAUCGCUUGGUCAAACGCUGUGGGGGUGAAGAUAUAUGACAUCAGCACCAAACAGCGAAUCACCAAUGUGCUCCGAGACAAUACAAGCCUGCGUCCUGACAUGUACCCUUGCAGCUUGUGCUGGAAGGACAGUGCAACCCUUAUUAUUGGCUGGGGAACCUCCGUCAAGAUCUGCGCCGUGAAAGAAAGAGAUCCCACGGAAUUAAGAGACUUGCCCAGCCGCUAUGUGGAAAUAGUAUCUGCAUUUGACACCGAAUUCUACAUCUGUGGACUUGCUCCUUUGGCUGAUCAGCUGGUGGUUCUAUACUAUGUGAAGGAGAACGCAGAUCAGAUGGAAGAGGAAAUCAGAGCACGCCCUCGUCUGGACAUCGUCCAACCAUUGCCUGAGGUCUGUGAGGAGAUUUCCUCGGAUGCUCUGACAGUUCGCCAUUUUCAGCAGAAUGAGUGCAGGGACUACUGCCUGGAGCAUUCUGAAGGCGAACCCCUCUUCUACAUUAUUAGCCCCAAGGACAUUGUGGUGGCCAAGGAGCGUGAUCAGGAUGACCACAUAGACUGGCUGCUUGAUAAGAAGAAAUAUGAGGAAGCCUUAAUGGCAGCUGAAAUCAGCUUCAAAAACAUAAAAAGGCAUGAUGUUCAGAAAAUUGGCAUGGCCUAUAUCAAUCACCUUGUUGAGAAGGGGGAUUAUGAUGCGGCAGCCAGGAAGUGCCAGAAGGUUCUAGGGAAAAACAUGGAAUUGUGGGAAAAUGAAGUGUACCGGUUCAAGACCAUUGGGCAAUUGAAGGCUAUUAGCCAGUACCUUCCCAGGGGAGACCUUCGUCUUAGACCCGCCAUCUAUGAAAUGAUCCUACACGAGUUCCUCAAGAGUGACUUUGAGGGUUUUGCCAUGCUGAUUCGUGAGUGGCCUGGGGAGCUCUACAACAACAUGACCAUUGUCCAGGCAGUGAAUGACCAUCUGAAGAAGGACCCUGCUAAUCACACCUUACUGACCACCCUAGCUGAGCUUUAUACCUACGACCAACGAUAUGACAAAGCACUAGAGAUAUACCUGAGACUGAGACACAAAGACGUGUACCAACUGAUCCAUAAACACAACCUCUUCUCCUCCAUUGAGGACAAGAUUGUACUACUCAUGGAUUUCGACAAGGAGAAAGCGGUCGAUAUGUUGCUGGAUAAUGAAGACAAAAUAUCGACAGAUCGAGUGGUGGAGGAACUAAAGCACAGACGUGAAUUACUGCAUAUUUACCUGCAUAAACUGUUUAAACGAGACCAUCACAAGGGGCAAAAGUAUCAUGAGAGACAAAUCAGCCUGUAUGCUGAGUACGAUCGACCCAACCUGCUGCCCUUCCUCCGAGAAAGCACCCACUGCCCACUAGAGAAGGCUCUGGAAAUCUGUCAGCAGAGGAACUUUGUGGAGGAGACUGUCUUUUUGCUUAGCAGAAUGGGGAAUUGUCGGCGAGCACUUCAGAUGGUCAUGGAAGAACUGGGGGAUGUGGACAAGGCCAUUGAGUUUGCCAAAGACCAGGAUGAUGCUGAACUGUGGGAGGACUUAAUUUCCUACUCCAUUGACAAGCCACCAUUCAUCACUGGGCUGCUAAACAAUAUUGGGACCCACGUGGACCCCAUCCUCCUCAUAUGUCAUAUUAAGGAGGGAAUGGAGAUCCCCAACCUAAGGGACUCACUGGUCAAGAUCUUGCAGGACUACAAUCUGCAGAUACUAUUGCGCGAGGGCUGUAAGAAGAUCCUGGUGGCAGACUCUCUCUCAUUGCUGAAGAAGAUGCACAGAACUCAGAUGAGAGGAAUCCAGGUUGAUGAGGAAAACAUUUGUGAAGCUUGCCAUGCUCCAAUAUUACCAUCAGACACAGCCAAGGUCUUCAGUGUGGUUGUCUUUCACUGCAGACACAUGUUCCACAAGGAGUGUCUGCCUUCCCCUGGAAUGGUUCCCGGAGUGCAGUUCUGCAACAUUUGCAGUUCGAAGCGGCGGGGACCUGGAAGUGGCAUCUUGGAAAUGAAAAAGUAACAGCAAGGUCAUGCUCUUUUUUUGAGUUUGCACUCUGUUAAGAAACAUCAUGUUAUAAUUUGUAUUGUUCCCCUAUGUGAAUUUACCCAUUUAUUCACAAAUAAACAUUGGUCAAUACAAAGGAUUAAAAGAAUGCAGACAGGACAUUGGUUAACCCAAUUAACAGUGGAUAACAGUGAAACAACCGAUAAGCCAUUCUGUAUGUUUUAUUCGCCCUGCCAUGUUUGUGAAAACUGGUCUUCAUUUUGCUUCACUGCUGGAUUUUUUCCAUGUUAAAUCGAAUGUGAUGUUAAACAUGAAAUAAAAAUAAACGCUUCUCAUGAUGUAGUAUGUUUUUAAGCUGUUGUGUGGCACGGGGACCUGUUUGGUACUAGUGACUAGGCUACAGUGACUAGGUUUGAGGCAGCAGCAGUGAUUUAUUCACAGGAAUGAUUGCUACUACUAUUACUGUUAUUACUGGCCAUGAUUAAAACUUUUUUUUA